GUAUUGUUGUGGAAAAGAUGCAAGAUUUGAGACGAUACAGAGUUCAUGCAGGUGGUAGAAGAGGAAGAGGUCAAAGAAGGAACAUGAAAGAAACACAAGAGGCUUACUCGUUGAGGAUGGCUAUAGUGUAGUGCUUCAAACUCCAAGUUGGCAAGGUGUUUAUAAUCAUUGCAUGAGGCUGGCAAAAACAUUGAAAUGUUCUUCACAAACUCAAUAUGAGUUAACUAGUAUAUGUGCAAAAGCAUUGUCAAAUAAAAAUGAAACACUGAAUGGUCGUAUUCAAUUAGAAGAUUCGUUGAAUGAAGGUCCUUCAAAUACAAAUAGUCAAAGAAAUUUUGGAUCAUCUGAAUCUGACAUGGAAUCUAAUUGCUUAGAUGAAACCGAAAGAUUAGAUGGAAGGAUAUUUGCACAAGAAGUAUUUCAUAACUAUAAUGUACAUUUCACUGAGGAUUCUAAUGAAGCAGUUAAUAAUAAUUUACACGAUAAAGAAAUAAUGCAUGUAAAUGAAAAUGAGCCAAACUUGAAAGAUAGUGUUGACAGCAGUGACUAUAAAGAGUUGAAAAUUAUGACUAAAAUAGAGAACUCAAAUAGCAUUUUAGGUACAAAACGCAAAUUGACUAAUCCUGAAAGUGGAUUGAAAUGCAAUGACAAUUUUCACACAGAAAUUCACAAUUCAAAAUUGGCAAAACUUAAUGAAACUGAUUUAUCAACCAUUGGUGAAAUUGAUUAUGAUAGGAAUGAUGAUUUAAUGAUAAUUGAAGAAAGUCAUAGUAUAUUGUGGUUCAAGCCUCUUGUUAGUAAAGAGAAAAAAAAAUGUUGUGAGAUAAUAAAUAUUCCACAUUUUGUUGCUAGUUUUGAAAAUUAUGCUUAUGAAAAAUGGGUACCUCUAGAGCAACCAAAAGAUGUAAAAGAUAUUGAAGAUGAUGGAAACUGUUUUUAUCGUGCUAUAUCAUUUGCAUUGACAGGAAGUGAGGAAUAUCAUCUUAUCAUUAGGCAAGCUAUCCUUACACAUCUCAUAGAAAAUGAAGAUAGGUUUGUUGGAUUCUUGAGAAUGGGUUACUCUAGUAUUUCACACUAUGUCUCAAAUAACAUUAUUGAGGAAAGUGGUACAUGGGCAACUGAAAUGGAAAUUGUGGUUUUAGCUAAUUUGAUUGAAACUGACAUUUAUGUAUAUGAUGAAGACCGGUUAAAAUGGAGUCUAUUUUCUGGUAAAAAUGUUCAAAUAGGAAAGGAAACAACUACAAAUGGUGUUUAUUUAAGAAAUACUCAUGGCAUCCAUUAUGAUGUUGUUAUGUCAGUGCAAUCAUGUGAUUCUAGCUUUCCAUGUAAUGAAACCACAAAUAUAAGUAGCUGUGCAAAUGACAAAGAAAGAAAAUAUGCUAGAGUAAACAAUGUUAAAAUAUCUGAUUUAUCAACGAAAAGACGUAGAAGUAAGAAAAGUUAUAGUGUAAUGAAGGAUAUAAAAAAGAAACAAAAAAGAGAAGAGCGGAGUUUUACGGAAAAAAAAGAUAUGGAUAUAGAAAAGCUUGUUAAUUAUGAGGAUUUGAAGAAAACAAAAAAAUAUGAGGAUGACGGAAAAAGGGGAAAAAUGACUUAUGAUUGCAACAAAAAAUAUCAUUCUGAUUCAACUUAUCGAAUAACACUUCUCAAUUCGUUGAAUGAAAAGUAUAGAUUAAAUAAAGUAUUUCGUGAAAAUAGGAAAGAAACAACAAGAAAAUGCUAUCAGACAAAUGAACAAUUCAAGCAAUCACAGAAGAGUAGGAUGAGAAAUACUAUGAGAAAUAAAUAUCACUCUGAUGAACAGUUUAAGCAAUCACAGAAGAGUAGGAUGAGAAAUACUAGGAGAAUUAAAUAUCAGUCUGAUGAACAGUUUAAGCAAUCACAGAAGAGUAGGAUGAAAAAUACUAGGAGAAUUAAAUAUCACUCUGAUGAACAGUUUAAGCAAUCACAGAAGAGUACGAUGAAAAAUACUUGGAGAAUUAAAUAUCAGUGUGAUGAAGAGUUUAAGCAAUCAGAGAAGAGUAGAAUGAAAAAUACUAUGAGAAAUAUUGCCUAG